CAAAUUCAUUCUGACAAAAAAGGGUGGAGAUUUGAAACGCAAAAGGUUUCCUUGACGGGAAAUCACGGAUCCGCCAUUAGAGAAGAAAGAUAGAGACAAGUCAUCUUCUUCUUCCCCACACUAGAUCUGCUGUAUCCACCUUCUUUCACUCUCUGUCUCAGUCUCCAGGGUUUUGGCGAUUGCCUACCUUCUCCGUCGUUUGCUUCUCGCCAGCAGCUAUGGUUUCCUCUACAAAAAUCAAAUCCGUUGAUUUCUACAGGAAAAUCCCGAGAGAUUUGACAGAGGCAUCUUUAUCAGGUGCUGGGUUAUCCAUUGUAGCUGCUCUCGUUAUGAUGCUUUUGUUUGGAAUGGAGCUGAGUAGUUAUUUGGAAGUAAGCACUACCACAGCUGUCGUUGUUGACAAUAGCGCCGAUGGAGACUUCUUACGCAUUACUUUCAACAUCAGUUUUCCUGCUCUUUCAUGUGAAUUUGCGUCCGUUGAUGUGAGUGACGUUUUGGGAACAAAUAGGUUGAAUAUAACAAAAACAGUUCGCAAGUUUCCAAUUGAUCCGCAUUUAAGGACCACUGGUGCAGAAUUCCACUCUGGCCUUGCAUUACAUGACAUCAACCAUGGAGAAGAGAGUAAGGAAGAGUUUCCUGACGGUGCCAUACCAUUAACCAGUGGUAGUUUUGAAUCAUAUUCACAUCACUUUCCAAUAUUGAUUGUUAACUUUUAUGCACCAUGGUGCUACUGGAGUAAUCGUCUGAAACCGUCUUGGGAGAAAGCAGCUAAUAUUAUAAAACAGAGAUAUGAUCCUGAAACUGAUGGGCGUGUUCUUCUAGGAAACGUUGAUUGCACGGAAGAAGCUGCGCUAUGCAGGAGGAAUCAUAUACAAGGCUAUCCAUCUAUUCGGAUUUUCCGAAAAGGCAGUGACCUUAGAGAGGACCAUGGACACCACGAACAUGAAUCUUACUAUGGAGAUCGGGACACAGAUAGUAUAGUUAAGAUGGUGGACGGAUUGGUUGCACCUAUCCACCCUGAGACUCACAAGCUAGCUUUGGAUGGUAUAUCCAAUGAUACAGCAAAAAAUCUUAAAAAGGCACCAGUUACAGGAGGUUGUAGAGUUGAAGGGUAUGUGCGUGUAAAGAAGGUUCCAGGAAACCUCGUUAUCUCAGCUCAUUCAGGAGCUCAUUCGUUCGAUUCUACUCAAAUGAACAUGUCACAUGUUGUGACUCAUCUUUCAUUUGGGAGGAUGAUAUCACCUAGGUUGCUGACCGAUAUGAGGCGAUUGUUGCCAUAUCUUGGCCAAAGCCAUGGCAGGCUGGAUGAAAAAGCAUUCAUAAAUCAACAUGAGUUUGGUGCCAAUGUUACUAUCGAACACUACCUUCAAAUAGUCAAAACAGAAGUCAUUACAAGAAAAUCCGGUCAAGAACAUUCAUUGAUCGAGGAAUAUGAAUACACCGCUCACAGCAGCGUGGCUCAGACUUACUACUUGCCCGUUGCAAAGUUUCACUUUGAGCUCUCUCCCAUGCAGAUUUUAAUAACCGAAAACCCAAAGUCCUUCUCACACUUCAUUACAAAUCUUUGCGCCAUUAUUGGUGGUGUUUUCACGGUUGCGGGAAUACUAGAUUCAAUUUUCCACAAUACAAUAAGGCUGGUCAAAAAGGUCGAACUCGGAAAAAAUAUUUGAUCGGCGACUUGAGGUUAGAAUUUUCCAUUAAUCUAUAAAACCAUAGAAGAACCUCAGACUGUUUAUUUGAAGUAGCUGUUCUACAGAGAAAAACCUCAGAAAAGAGAAAGAGAUUUUGUUUGACACUAUUUUUUAGUUUCUUCAUAAUUCUUGAGUCUUUCAAUUU